GUACGGUGUAACGCCGACAUCAACAUCCUCACCUCCAUGUCUUGAUACCCCUGCGCAAGCCUCCGUACCGCUAGUACACCUUCAGCCUUGCGUGGCGAUUGACGUCGACUGUUCUCGGCGCUUAGGACUUGCAGCCAACAAAAGAAAGAAGCAUUAGUUGAUCCAGUUGUCUUUAGCCGUCGACAUCGCCUUGCCAGUUAUCGCGAUGGCUUCCGCACUCUUCUUUCUCGACCUCAAGGGCAAGACCCUACUGGCUCGAAACUACAGGGGAGAUAUUCCCAUGUCUGCGGUGGAAAAGUUCCCCAUCCUGCUAAGCGAAGCUGAAGAGGAAUCAUCAGCUGUUCCACCAUGCUUUUCCCAUGAGGGAAUCAACUAUCUCUACAUCCGUCACAACAACCUCUACCUCCUCGCCUUGACAAAACGCAACACCAAUGCCGCCGAGAUCUUGCUUUUCCUCCACAAAAUCGUCGAGGUCUUUACAGAAUACUUUAAAGCCUUGGAGGAGGAGUCGAUAAGAGAUAACUUUGUCAUCAUCUACGAGUUGCUAGACGAAAUGAUGGACUUUGGCUACCCUCAAACCACCGAAUCCAAGAUCCUUCAAGAGUACAUCACACAAGAAUCACACAAACUCGAGAUUCAACGUCCACCAAUCGCCGUCACCAACGCCGUCAGCUGGCGUUCCGAAGGAAUCAGGUACCGAAAGAAUGAGGUAUUUUUGGAUGUGGUCGAGUCUCUCAACCUUCUGGUGUCUUCCAACGGCAACGUGCUCCGAUCGGAGAUCCUGGGCGCCAUCAAGAUGAAGUGCUAUCUCUCGGGUAUGCCAGAACUUCGCCUUGGACUGAACGACAAGGUCAUGUUUGAGACAACUGGACGGACGACGCGAGGCAAGGCAAUCGAGAUGGAGGACGUCAAGUUUCAUCAGUGUGUUCGUCUUUCACGAUUCGAGAACGACCGCACCAUCAGCUUCAUCCCACCCGACGGAGAAUUCGAGCUCAUGUCAUACCGGCUCAACACUCAGGUCAAGCCACUGAUCUGGGUUGAGUGUGUGGUUGAGUCGCACAGUGGCUCACGUAUCGAGUACAUGCUAAAAGCAAAGGCUCAGUUCAAGCGCCGUUCUACUGCCAACAACGUCGAGAUCGUGGUACCGGUGCCUGACGAUGCCGACACACCAAGGUUCAGGACUAAUAUCGGCAGUGUUCACUAUGCGCCCGAACAAAGCGCCAUCGUAUGGAAGAUUAAGCAGUUCGGUGGAGGCAAGGAGUUCCUGAUGCGGGCGGAGCUGGGUCUUCCAAGUGUCAGGGGUGAUGAUGAGCACGGUGGAGGUAUGACGGGUGGUUUUGGUGGUAGCAUGGGUGGUGUUGGUGGACCUGGCAAGAGCGGAAAGAGGCCGAUCCAAGUCAAGUUUGAGAUUCCUUACUUUACGACAAGUGGAAUUCAGGUGAGGUAUUUGAAGAUUACAGAACCCAAGCUCCAAUACCCGUCACUUCCUUGGGUGAGAUAUAUCACACAAUCUGGUGACAUAGCUGUACGGUUGCCGGAUGCGGUAUAAAGUCAAGAAUGGGGACGCUGUGUAGGUAUAGCAGGCAAUUCUUUCUCGGACGGAUACAAAAGCGUCAUCAGUGGUUUAAUGCAGUAAACGAUGUUUCCAAGACUCAGUGCAUAUGGAACGUGUUUGACUAUUUGCCAAGGUCUGGUACGCAGGAGGUUCAAAGUCUUUGUCACUAACAUUUUCAUGUUGAAGCAAUCACAACGUCUUUGUCUUUGGAAGGACAAAGCCUUUAUUCAACCAAACUUUUGAUUGGGCUACAAAUAGUCUUCCUGCCAUGCUUCCUUCAACUGGACUUGAUGAUUUUGCAAGUCAAAUUCACAUCAACCAUAGCAGUACUCACUAACUUGACGAUACCCAAAUUAGAGCAGCUGUUUCACACCAUUGACUUGUUCUCCAGCCACGAUGUCAUCAGACUUACCUGCAGGCCUUCAGCCACUUCCAAAGGUCUAUUACUCUGUGGACAUUCCCCAUGACCUCCCCGACGGCCCUUUUGAUUUUGCAACUGGUAGAGGUCUGCAGCCAGUUGUUCCAUUCCCCGACGACGUAUCCGAUCAAACCUAUGGGGUAGGAUUGGCCCGACCGAUCGUGACGCAGACUACAACGAACGAAC